AAACGACAAAGAUACACACUUGUGAUUAGAAAAUUGAUAAAUGAAGUGACUUGACAUAAUUCAUUCAGAUGGUCUUUUUGGGACAUGCAACAUGUGGGAUAUUGAAAUGACUUCAUUUAAUCACUACACGAUGUAUAUCACAAAGAGAUAUUUUAUCAAGUUCCACCUCUAUAAAUAAAGUGUGCGAGGACAUAGCCUUCUUAUACAACAUAACGUGUAGUGGUACCUAUCGUCUUUGAUUUCAGUACUUGAGCUAGCUUAAAGUGAUAGUGCGAACAAUGGAUUCAACAUUCAUCAACACCAAUCCUUAUUCGAGCUGUGGUUGUAAGAGUGAUAAUGAGAAGUCUAAUGGCGAUGACGAGAGAAGUAGUGGAUACUCUUUUGUGAGUGCUCUUAGCAUGAGCGGAGGAGAUGGAGACAACAGUUACUCAACCAAUUCUCUUCUUCAGGUUUUAUAUAUGCAUACAUAUAUACAAAUAAUCAGUUGCCUAACUACUUCUCCAAAGUGUGAACAUAUAAAUAUGACACCCAAAUGUUUUACUAGCUACCAAAUUAAAAAAAAAUACAAUAUGUUUUUUGAAUUUCAGAAAAGAGUUUUAUCAAGGUCCAAAAGAGUGUUGGUUGAAAACACCAAAGAAAUGAUGAAAAACUUGGACUUUCCUAGAUGCAUUAAAGUAGCAGACUUGGGAUGUUCAUCCGGACAAAACACAUUUUUGGCGAUGUCUGAGAUCGUCAACACAAUUAAUGCAUUAUGUAAAGAGUGGAACAAAAACCCACCAGAGAUAGAUUGUUGUCUGAAUGAUCUCCCUAGUAACGAUUUCAACACAACUUUCAAGUUCAUAACUUCCUUCAACAAGAAGCUCACAAGAGAAGGAUCGUGCUUCGUGUCUGCCGUACCUUAUUCCUUUUACUCGAGGCUCUUCUCUCGCAAGAGUCUCCAUCUCGUACAUUCAGUUUACAGUAUUCACUUUCUCUCUAAGGUUCCGGAAGGACUGGAGAAGAACAAGAUGAGUGUGUACAUAACAAGUUCAAGUCCUCUAAGUGAAUACAAGGCUUACUUGAAUCAAUUCCAAAAAGAUUUUACGACAUUUCUAAGAAUGCGCUCUGAAGAGAUGGUAUCUAAUGGACGCAUGGUUCUCACGUUAAUUGGGAGAAAGACUCUUGAUGAUCCAUUGUAUAGGGAUUGCUGCCAUUUCUGGACACUGCUAUCCGAAUCUCUCCAUGAUCUAGUUCUCGAGGGUAUUGUGAGUGCAUCGAAGGUAAGUUCGUUCAAGAUGCCGUUUUAUGAUCCGAGCAAAGAAGAAGUGACAGAUCUAAUAAGAAAAGAGAAUUCCUUCAAAAUAAACGACUUGGACACACACGGAUUUGAUCUUGGUCAUAGUGUUGAAGACUGUAGCUUGCAAUCAUAUGGAGUUAAAGCAGGGCAAAAAGAAGCUAGUUGCAUAAGAGCAGUGACUGAGAGGAUGCUCAUUGCUCACUUUGGAGAUGACAUCAAUAUUGACACAUUGUUUAACAAGUAUGCGCUUCGUGUGUCUCAGCAUGCAAGCUGUAGGAUCAAGACGAGUGUCUCUCUAGUCGUUUCAUUGAUCCGGAAAUAACUUCUGUUUAAGUAUUGAUGAUUAAUUUGUGUGUGUCAUAUUCAAGAUCAAAUAUACUUAUUGGCUUGUAAUUUGUGUCAUAUAUUGUUGUUUUAUUUUGUAAAUGUGGAUUUGUGAACGUGCGACCAUGAAAUAGACACGAGAUUAAGUA